AUGAGCACAGAAAAGGGCAACGUGAGCCGCAAAAGGCCACAAAAGCACCAAAACUCGAGGAAGUUCAAGAACGACCUCCAUGACAAGACGCCAACUACAAAGUUCCUCAACUCAAUCGAAAUAUCCGACGUUUGCCCCAGGUGUAAAUCAGUCCUGGAAUGGAAGAUCAAAUAUAAAAAGUACAAACUGCUCAAGAAUCCGAGCACAUGCACAAAAUGUUCUCAGAGGAACGUGACUCUCUCCUACAGGAUCAUGUGCGCAGGAUGUGCCGAGAUGCAUGGAGUAUGUCCAAAGUGCGGAGUCCCAGGAGGCCAAUCCGAUCCGCUCCCAUCCGACACGAUCAACGAUAAUACCGAUUGA